ACUCGAGAAUUUGUCACUUAUAUGGAGAACGGUUUGGUUGAUAUGUUAUUUCGUGAGAUUUUUUUAUUCACUAAUCUAACUGGACCGCAUUGAGGGAAAACUUGUGAAUUGUGUUGGAUUUCCCCGCCAUAUCGUCUGUCUUUAAUUCGGUGGUCAGUAUAUUUUACUCAGCGAAGUUAAACGGUGCAGAACUCUCGAUAUCACGGGACGUAAAUCAUGUGGACAACAGUAGCUUUAAUUUUCACUACAUUCCAAAUAAUAAAUGCAAAGGACUGUGCAUGUGCGCUGACAAAAGUUCAAAUUCUGAAUAACGAUGCCGGGUUUGUGGGUGUGGCGUUGACAGGGGAGUGUUUCCAGUUGCUUGGCAACAGUAACAACACUUGGCGACACAUACAGUAUCAGGGUCAGAGCGCAUGGAUACAGGUUUCAUCCGUCGGAAUAAGAGAUUGUGACAGUACAGUUCCGACGACUACGCCCGGCUCCAUCGACCCCACUGCCGUCAGACCUUCUCCAAAGUUAUCCGGAUGUCCAACAAUCGUCACACGUGCUGAUUGGGGAGCCAUGCCACCUUCUCAUGACAUGACGCUGUUGACUAAGACCCCAAACUACGCAUUCAUACAUCAUGGUGCAUCGAGUCCGUGUUCUACAUUGGACGAGUGUUCGAAACGUGUUCGCGCAUAUCAAACGUUUCAUAUGUCAGCGCCACCUGCUGGGCGAGGCUGGUGGGACAUCGGGUACAGCUUUAUGAUAGGAGAGGACGGAAAUGUGUACGAAGGCCGCGGCUGGGAUGAGGUCGGCGCUCACACGUACGGGUACAACUCCGUGGGAUUAGGUAUCUCUUUUAUCGGUGAUUUCCGGGAGAGGCUCCCUAAUCAGAACGCCAUUGACGCCGCGCAUGCGCUCAUUAAGUGUGGCGUGGAUAACGGUAAAUUAACUAGAGACUACAAACUAAAGGGUCAUCGUGAUGUGGGGAACACGGAAUGUCCAGGCCAGACCCUCUACGACUACAUCCAGUCCUGGCCUCACUACACCCGACACUGACCCAUAACAACCGGGGGCGGAUCAAGCAUCUAAUGUGUAUACAAAUGUGCAUGUAAUGUAUUGUCAGUCAUAUAUGAUCGUCAUUCAACGAAUAAAAAAAAUCGACAUUA